AUGCCUACCAGAGACGAAGCUGAGGGAUUCCAGGUUGAUAGUGCCGAAACGCAUACUCAAUUCCACAAGCGCCACUAUAAAUUAAAACCCUUUGAGGAAUAUGACGUCGACGUCCAGGUAGAAGCUUGCGGUAUCUGUGGAAGUGAUAUCCAUACCAUCACAGGUGGAUGGGGGCCUAAACUCUUCCCCCUAUGUGUCGGACACGAAAUCGUGGGCACUGCCAUCCGCGUCGGCCCCAAAGUCACUCUGGUCAAGGAAGGCCAGCGAGUCGGCGUGGGAGCGCAGGUCUUCUCCUGCGGCACCUGCAAGCAAUGCAAGAACGACAACGAGACGUACUGCCCCAACAUCGUGAUGGACACCUACGGCUCGAAGUGGCCAGACUCCGGCAUCGUCAGCCAGGGGGGAUACGGCUCCCACGUCCGCGUACACGAACACUGGGUCUUCCCCAUCCCUGAGAAGCUCGAGACAAGCGCCGCCGCCCCCAUGCUAUGCGCAGGCAUCACCGCUUAUUCCCCCCUAGUGCGCAACGGCUGCGGGCCAGGCAAGAAGGUCGGGAUCGUGGGGCUGGGAGGAAUCGGCCACUUUGGCGUCAUGUUCGCGAAGGCGCUGGGAGCAGAGACCUGGGCCAUCUCCCGUACGCGUGCUAAGGAAGCCGAUGCCCUCAAGCUCGGCGCAGACGGGUUCAUAGCAACGGCAGAGGAAGGUUGGGAGAAACGCCACAGGUUCUCGUUCGAUCUGAUUAUCAACUGCGCGAACUCGUCCAAGAACUUUGCUCUAGACAAGUAUCUGUCCAUGCUGGACGUCCAUGCGAGAUGGGUCAGUGUUGGCCUGCCCGAGGAAGACGGCCCGUCCAUCAAGGCACAGAGCUUCAUGGCCAACGGCGUGCUGAUGGGGGCUAGCCAUCUGGGGAGCCGCAGGGAGAUGCUGGAGAUGCUGCAGCUGGCCGCCGACAAGGGGCUGCAGAGCUGGGUUGAGGAAGUGCAGAUUGGCGAGACAGGGCUGAAGGAUGCUGUGAUCAGGAUGAAAGGGGGCGACGUCCGCUACAGAUUCACCCUGACGGGCUACGACAGCGUCUUUGGGCCGUACAGACAGACCGCCCAUCCAGCACUGUAG